CUUCAGUCUUGCACAGGUGUACCGGCUCCUCCCCUUCAGUCUUGCACAGGUGUACCGGCUCCUCCCCUUCAGUCUUGCACAGGUGUACCGGCUCCUCCCCUCCAGUCUUGCACAGGUGUACCGGCUCCUCCCCUCCAGUCUUGCACAGGUGGACCGGCUCCUCCCCUUCAGUCUUGCACAGCUGUACCGGCUCCUCCCCUUCAGUCUUGCACAGUUGUACUGGCUCCUCCCCUUCACCUGACUGCCCCUGGUCCCGCCCCUUUCAUUCAAUGGAUAUCAGUUCUUCCAAUCAUGGAGGGUCAUCGUCCCUUGUGGGCGUUACCCAGGGUGAUAUACACUCGUCCCCGUAACACCUCCCAAGAGCCAGCCCAC